UGUCUCACAUACAGUCACACACACAAAGGCUGCAACAUCUUCAGCAGACACACCAGCUAAGAUACAUGCACAUAGUAUACGGAAACAGGGAUACAGUGGUACCAGAUAGGCAACUUCAGGCCUUUCGAAUCUAAACAGAAGGCAAUGCAACUGAAAAUUGCUGUGGGCUUCAGUACAGAAGAUUUUGCCUUCAGGGACACAAGACAUGUCCAUCUCAUCAAUGCAUGGAAAACAACACCAGACCAUCUUUGUCCAUGAUUUUGUGAACGCUGAAGGUGGUUGACUUUGAGAUGCAACACUGCCAAGCCUUUUUAUCUUUUCCACAAAAAUGGAGGCAGACACCCGACAAAAGUCCAGAUCCAUCAGCCUCUCCACCAUCUCUUCAUCAUCACUUUUCUUUCCCUCCUCCUGCAUCACUCCAUCUCUCUCCUCCACCCCAUCCAUCCCUCCAUGGCCUCUUUAGGUUCCUUGUGGUUCUCUUUGCCUCCAUUUGCUUUCAUGCCUGUUCAGUUGAGGGAGGGUGGUUCCGGGUUGGGGUCUUAGGACCCUGGGGGUGUGAUCCGAUUUUUGCGAAGGCUCUUCCCAGUGUUGCAGCACAGCUCGCUGUCAACCGGAUCAACAAGGACCCCUCACUGUCCUUCGCCCAUACGUUUGAAUACAUCGUGUUGCAGGAGCCAUGUGAGACAUCAAGAGCACUGGAGGCAUUUGUGGGUUUUCACACCAAGGCCUCUGCAUAUAUUGGGCCAUCCAACCCAGGAUACUGUGACUCUGCUUCAAUGCUGACCAAAGGAUGGAACAAAGCAUUGUUUCCUUGGGGUUGUGUUGGCUAUGAGAUGGACAAUGUUCGGAGCCACCCGACCUUUGCCCGCUCCAUGCCAAGACCUACCUGGGUGCUGCUCAACAUGAUGAAGUACUUCAAGUGGGCUCAGGUUGCUAUUAUUUCAUCCUCAGAAGACAUCUGGGUGGAGACAGCCACAAAGGUGGCUGACUCUCUGAGGAGCCACGGUCUGCCGGUCAGACUGGUCAUCUUUAUGGAGAACACACCUCAUGGCAUCAGACGAACUCUGGCCAAAGUUCGCAAGAGAAGAGAACUGCGAGUUGUGAUCCUGUGCAUGCACUCGGCCCUGAUUGGUGGUGAAGCUCAGAAGCUGCUCUUGGAGACAGCAUACGACAUGCAGAUGAUUGAUGGCUCCCUGGUCUUCGUGCCCUAUGACACAUUGCUUUACAGCCUGCCCUACCGCAACGUCACCUACCCAGCUCUAAAGAACAACAGCAAACUGCUGCGGGCCUACGAUGCCGUGCUGACCAUUACCAUUGACUCACCCCAAGUGUCAUUCUAUGAGGCCUUCAGAGAGGCCAUGGACAGAAGGGAGGUGGCAAGGACCGUGAAGCCACAUCAGGUGUCUCCUCUCUUUGGCACCAUCUACAGCUCUAUUGUGUUCACGGCUCAUGCGGUACACAGACUUCGAAAAUCAGGGGAGUGGAUGUCUGGGGGAAACCUGGCACAACACACGCGCAACCUGGCCUUCCAGGGUUUCAGUCACCCCAUUAAAACUAACAGUUCUGGAGCAGCUCUGCUGAACUACCUCAUACUGGACACAAACGGACUCUCCUGGGAGCUGAAGCCAACAUACAGGAUUGACAUGGAAAACCAUAUGGUGCACUUCCUGGGCCGAGAAAUCCACUUCCCUCGUGGUUAUGGACCGAGAAAGGACUCGCUCUGCUGGUUUACUCCCGGAGUCCUCUGCUCAGGGGGUGUGGAUCUGUUCUUCACCAUCAGUAUGUUCCUGGGGGCCAUUACUUCUUGUGCUUUUCUUGGGACACUGAUUUACUUCAUCAGGCGACGUGUUGCCAAAAUCCGAAUGAUCAAGGGUCCAAAUAAGAUCCUGUUAACUCUGGAAGAUGUUACAUUCAUAAAUCCUUCACUUAGCAACAAGAAACUAAGUUUGGAUGACAGUAGGGCCAGUGGCAUGAGGAGCAUCUCAGACCACAGUGUCACCUCGCCAGUUUCCACCCAAUCCCCGGCCACCUACGAAAACACCAACGUGGUCAUUUUUGAGGGUGACUGGGCAUGGCUGAAGAGACUUCCUCAUGGGACAUUUAGCAGUAUAAACCCAAAAACCAGUGAUGUGUUUGAACUGAUGAAGGACAUGCGCCAUGAGAACGUCAACCCCUUCCUUGGUUUCUUUCACGACUGUGGUGUGUUCGCCAUCAUGACAGAGUUCUGCUCCAGAGGCAGCCUAGAGGACCUGCUGCUGAACGACGACGUCAAACUGGACUGGAUGUUUAAGUCGUCUCUGCUCCUGGACUUGAUAAAGGGUAUGAAGUAUCUUCACCACCGUGGAGUGUGCCACAGUCGUCUGAAGUCCCGUAACUGUGUAGUGGAUGGCCGCUUUGUCCUGAAAGUCACCGACUAUGGCUACAGUGAGGUUGUGGAGGCACAGCGGUUCCCCUACAUUGAGCCGCCUCCUGAAGAGUUGCUGUGGACUGCUCCAGAGAUCCUGAGAACUGGUCAGGGGGGUUUUCAUGGGACUCUCCCUGGCGAUGUGUACAGCUUUGCCAUCAUCAUGCAAGAAGUUGUGAUCAGAGGGCCUCCGUUCUGCAUGUUAGACUUGCCAGCUACAGAGUUAAUUGAGAAGUUGUGCCGACCUCCUCCUCUGUGCCGUCCAGUGGUCAGUCCAGACUACGCACCACUAGAGUGUAUCCAGCUGAUGAAACAGUGCUGGAACGAACAGCCGGACAAGAGACCCACAUUUGAGGAUGUUUUCGACCAGUUUAAAAACAUUAACAAGGGCAAAAAGACCAACAUCAUAGACUCCAUGCUGAGGAUGCUGGAGCAGUAUUCCUCCAACCUGGAGGAGUUGAUCAGGGAACGAACUGAGGAGUUAGAGAUCGAGAAGCAGAAGACAGAGAAGCUGCUAACACAGAUGCUGCCCCCAUCUGUGGCUGAGGCUUUGAAAGUAGGUGGAACUGUUGUUCCCGAACAUUUCGAAAGUGCGUCACUCUAUUUCAGCGAUAUUGUCGGUUUCACCACCAUCUCAGCCAACAGUGAGCCCAUUGAGGUUGUCGACCUCCUCAAUGACCUCUACACAGUCUUUGACGCCAUCAUAGGAAACCAUGAUGUCUACAAGGUUGAGACAAUCGGUGAUGCUUACAUGGUGUCGUCAGGAGUUCCUGUCCUGAAUGAUAAUCGUCAUGCUGCAGAAAUAGCUAAUAUGGCUCUUGACAUCCUAAGUGCAGUGGGAACCUUUAAAAUGAGACAUAUGCCUGAUGUUCCUGUCAGGAUACGUAUAGGACUGCACACAGGUCCAGUUGUGGCAGGUGUGGUGGGUCUUACCAUGCCUCGUUACUGUCUGUUUGGAGACACGGUGACCACUGCCUCUCGUAUGGAGUCCAGUGGAUUGCCUUACAGGAUUCAUGUCCACCAGAGCACAGUCAAAAUUCUGCGAGAGCUGAACCUGGGCUAUAAAGUCGAGUUGAGAGGCAGAACAGAAGUCAGGGGGAAAGGAAUUGAGGAGACCUACUGGCUUGUAGGGAGAGAUGGGUUUACCAAACCUCUGCCUGUCCCUCCAGAGCCUGGCAGUCGCAUCAGCAUCUCCCCGAACCCAUCGAAGGACAUGAAGCAGGUUUUUCACAAGGCGGUAAAGAAAAUCUCUCAUGUUCGUGUUGUGACUCAGCUCUACACACAUGAUGACGAAGACAACGUCAUGAUGUCGCACCACCACUGACUGCACUCAGAAUGUGACGUUUGGUGAGGAUCGGGCAGUGAUUUACUGAACGUGGCAGUGACGUUAGAACCCCAAUGGAAAAUGGAAUGAGAGGGGGGGGGUCUCCAUAAAUCCCACACCUCUCUGCUAGUGAUCAUCCCCUGAGAAAUGUUAACAGGAAGAUGGGUCUAGUGAAAGUUUAGUUCAGAUUAAUAGCAGACAUUUUGUGUGUUUGAGUUUGUGUAUUAACGGCUUGAGCUGAGAAGAUGAUGACCUGUGUGGCGACUAUGAAUAGAGACUGUGAAGUGGUGACUCAGCAAAGCGGGGAUCUACAGAAACCUCCCAUCAGCAGCAGUGGAGUGCAGCUAAUCUUUCCUUCAUUUCCUCCUCCUUCACUCCUCUCCUCACUCAAGAAAGGGCAGGAGAAGAGAAAUUAGAGAAAUUAUCGAUAUGGACAUUUGAAUAAACCACUUUUCAGUUGUACAUGCUCAAGUAAAAGCUUUACAUAGGGAAAAAAGGAUACAUGAUUCACUUGGAACCUGAAUUUCAUAUAGGCCAAUAAAGCAAAUAUAUCAAUGGGCCAUCCUACUGAAGUGGUGCAAACUACUGUUCAAGAAUUAAAUGCUUAAAGCACUUACGUAUGCAAAUCUGAGAUGUUUACAUAGAUUCUUCUGUUAUUUAUUAAAACACAUAAAAAUGUAUGAGACUGCUGUAAGCUUACUGUUCAAGUAUUUUAUGCAUGUACAACUACAGCUAAUCAUCUAAAACCUCAGGGAAACAACAACGAGGACAAUGCAAGUUUUGUAUCCUUAAAUGCUUUUUAACUUAGUUAUUUUCGGGUAUUGAGGUGCAGCAGUUUUCACCAAUUUGGUAGACUGGCCAAAAAAAUAAGUGCUUGUCUGCUGUUUUUAUAUUUGUCUGUAUAUUUGUCUAUUUAUUAUCUGUAAAGCAUUAACCUUUAAAAAUUAAGUAAAGGCUAGUCCUUCAAGGCUUGAUUUCUGGUGUGAUUGUUAUUUUCUGUCCCUCAGCUGUUUUACUGUCAUAUCUUGAGUUAAUGUUGGUGUUUAUGUAAAUACUACUUUAUGUCUGUUUUGUCAACUGCAGCAGGCUAUUAUUUCAACUGCAGAGUGUUUCAUUUUGUGCUCAGAGCUGAAUAUUACACUGUUUGUAGGUAAAAUUAUAACUUACCCACACUGUAGCCUGUACUUUCCAAUAGCCAUCCACUAUUUUUUGUAAGCUGAAAAACGUGGAAUAAAUCUUGGUGUUGAAAUUUAA